AUGGACCACCAACGUCCACCGCCGCCGUUUUCUCGAUCGUCGCUGUUCAACACUGCUCCCCAGUCUACCCGUCAGUAUGGUUCAGAACAACAGCAGCAGCAACAACAACAACAGUCACGCCAGGAUGGACGAACGCAUCCCUCGUAUAAUGCGCUACACCAUCCAGAGACGGAAUCGUCGAGAACAACUUCCUCCUUCGGCUAUGGUCCCCCUUCGUUCGCGUCAGAUAUGAGACCCAGGUCCCGACCUCUCUCGCCCAUGCGAUUUGGUGCCAUGCGAUCAGCUGCCUCUUCGCCUGAGAAGCAAAAUGGCGCCGCUGCGAAAGAAUCAUCAAGCGCGCUAUACCAUGAUGGCCCAACCGAGCCGUCGACGUCCGGACUUGGCUUCAAUCGCCGUCAGAUGCCUCCCCCCUCGCCUCCGCAGCCGUAUCCAUCUCGGAGCCUACCCGGAACAUCGUCGCAGCCUGCCCAUCCGCUUCCACGUGACUCGGCCUCGGCUCCCUUGCAUCGUCCCGGAAGUAGCAUGUCAAUAUCCUCCAUGCUGGGGGGCUCAGAUCCAGAUCGCUUAGCCCGUGAAGCCCCGCCUUCCAUCUUCUCACGACCUUCAAUGUCGUCGUCCUCCCCAUUCGGAACUACACGCACCCCUGGAGGAGCCAUGUCACCCCCCACCGCGCCUGCCCGACCCGCUUCUUCUGUCGAACACUCACUUUUGCGGCGAUCGCGGACUCCGGACAAACAGUACUCGAAAGACCGCCCCUCAUCCAAGUCGAGCUCUAACAGUAUAUCAUCUGACGCCUUCAAAUUCGUCUUUGGAAGAGCUCCCUUAUCCCAGUAUUCCGAAAAGGCUUCCAGACCACAAGGGUCCCCACCCUCCUCCGAACCGCCUUUAACACACUCCCGUCAACAUAGCCUGGGUGGACAGAGAGCUAGCAGCCAACCUAUCCAUGAAGAACAACGCGGUCCUGGAUAUAGUCCUCGGUCUAGAAUUUUAGGCGAGGGUCUUCUAGGCAGUACCCAGCGCCCAGCCUCCUAUGCAGAUCAUGAUAAUCGGCCGAUUCAAAGAUAUGGUGGCAUUUACUCGGACCGGGCUCGAGAAGAACAGACAGCUCGAGAGCGAGAACGUGAGCGUGAACGAGAAAAGGAACGAGAAAAGGAACGGGAGCGGAAUCGAGAAAGAGAGCGAGAGCGAGAGCGAGAGAGAAGCUCCUUCAACGAGUUAGAUAAUAAGGGCACUGUUGGAUCGCUCCAUGGCAGAUACGGAGUGCCGUUUUCUGAACGUGAACCGGAUCGACUGCAAAGCCAUGCACCGUGGGAAAUCAAUCGAUCUCAACCGGGAUCACCUGAAAACAGGCGGUUUGGAGGCUCAGAGUCUGGGUCUGGAUUUGGCUUCGGUGCUAUACAAAGUUACACAAAAUCUCUUGGUUCCCAACUGGGAACUUCUCGCGUCUCUCAACCCCCGCCACAACACUCUGGUGUCUCCCUUCAAUCUCGCCAGGAUCAGCCAACACCACCUCCCCAUGAUAACCCAUUCCACCACAAACCUACCCCGGGCCGCCCAAUCUCUGUGACCUCUAUACCUUCGGGCAACCAACAGCCGACAAGCGCUCCGGGGUCUUCGACAAACGACGAGCAACGCCGGAAGGGCAGUGAUGAUUUGAUGCAGCAUCGGAGUUUUCUCGGAAUCAAUGCUGACGGUCGUCGUGCCGGAAGAGCAUCGCCCCUACCGCAAGCUGUUCAAGGCGCCCAAGCCCAAAUAAUCGGGCCGGCUGGAGAAUCCGGUAUCAAAGGAGAGCUAGGACGAGUGUUUGCAGGCAUUGGCAGCGGAGUAGGCACCGGUAUAUCGGGCUCGGUAGGAAGUGGGCAUUCGACGCCAAUGACGGCGAGUCCCUUCAAGCGAGAGAGCCUACCUGGCCACCCGGAAAGUGUAGAUGAUAGCAAGUUUGGUCGUGGGGCGUCUUCUACCAAUGGAAGGAAACGAAGCGCGAAGGACGAAGACGUCCAAUUCGAGGCCGGUGAACAAUCUCUUGAUGGACGAACCACAUCUUCCUCUCGAGGUAGCUCUCGUCGCGGCCGCCAUGUCCAUCAUCACCAUCAUCACCAUCAUCAUCACCGCCACAAGAACGAAGAAGAGGGAGCGACACAGCGUACACCUUCUGGGCCAGCGAGCAUUUUGGGGAGAUAUGCACCCGCUGAGACGGCUGCUGCUCCUACGAGCGCACCACCUUCAGCACAUCAUCACCAUCAUCAUCACCACCACCACCAUGGCUCACGUCCUGCCGUGUCAGCUGCAAACACCGCUCCAGUACCGCCACCUCGGGAAGUUCACACGGUCGUGAAUAUCAAACCACUGCUGAAGAGUAUCGCACAUUUGCCGCGGCAUCAUCUUGGAUCAACGUUGUAUGCCCCACGCAUCGGUGUACCAAGCUCCAACUCGGGUGAAAGCCGCAAGUUUGGCUACACUAGCACUCCAGUGCCUAUUCCACGCUUUGAAGGCAAAGAAAACUGUACAUUCACUGUGCGUGUCCCUCGAUACCGCAUUGACACUGGCCAUCGAGAAGAGAUAUGUGCACGCCGAGCUCUUUGGGGUACGGGCGUUUAUACGGAUGAUUCAGACCCUGUGGCAGCCGCCAUUCACUCUGGAUACAUCCGUGGAGAAUGGGGAGACAAUGUUGACAUUUCGAUGCUGGAUCUUGAGGUCAAAGAUGGGUACAAUCACGUACCGCCGGCCGACGGAGAUGAGAGUUCGACAGGCAACAAAAGAGUGCCGCCGGUAUUUGAAGACAACAAGGACCUGCAUAUAACACUGCUCAUUCUUCCUCGGUUGGAAAAGUAUGAGCCUAGCCUCAUGUUUGGCCUCAAGUCUCGCCUGUGGGACGGCUCGCACGAUGGCAUGAGUUUCAAGGUCGAGCGUAUUGAGUGGGUUGACGAGGGUUCAACCCGUGGAGAGGAGCGCAGCGGAGCAGCCCGGCGAAAACGGCUGCAAAACAUGAUGCAGUCUGGACGAAUUUGCACUGGGCCUAGUUUGCUACGCAUGCGUGGUGGGGCUACUGGAGGAGUGAGGCCGGAGAAAGAUAUUGGUGCCAGCACGGCGGCAGCGUCUGCUACUGUGCAGCCUGUCUAG